AUGUUUAUUGUAACACGUUCCCCAGCUGGUUUUCGUAAUGUGUCUUUUGUUUAUUCUGGUGAUCUUUCCUCAUUUUUUCUCUGGUGUUUGUUUAUUCUUUCUCUCGUACAGAACAACGUGAUCACUGGUGUGUAUCCUGCCAGCCCGUCCUCAUGGCUGUUUGUUGUCAUCGCGAUCUUGGCCACCAUGUACACACGCUCAGACCCUUCCAUGGGCCUCAUCGCUAAAAUCCAGGAACACCUGCCAGUCAGUGAUUCUCUGAGCAUUCAGUGUCGGACGGUGGUUUCUGCCGUGUUGUUCAGCACUCUGCUCUGGUUCUCGCUGAUCUUCACCAUGAGGCUUUGCCUGAAGCAGUUACUGUCGUAUCAUGGCUGGAUGUUUGAACAACACGGGAAAGUGUCCAACACCACCAAAAUCUGGGCGGCCAUGGUCCGGAUCUUCUCCGGCAGACAGCCUCUAUUGUACAGUUACCAAGGGUCUUUGCCUAACCUGCCUGUUCCAACAGUGAAGGACACUGUUAAGAGGUACCUGGAGUCUGCGCGUCCAUUGAUGAGUGAUUCUGAAUACGAGAGGAUGACGACUCUGGCCAAGGAGUUUGAGAGCAGUCUGGGAAACCGCCUGCAGUGGUACCUCAAACUGAAAGCCAUGUGGGCAUCCAACUAUGUCAGUGAUUGGUGGGAGGAGUAUGUCUACCUGAGGGGGCGUGGCCCACUCAUGGUCAAUAGCAACUACUAUGGAAUGGACUUCCUCUACGUGACACCUACACCGAUUCAAGCCGCGAGAGCAGGAAACACACUGCAUGCCUGUCUCUUGUACCGCAGGAAACUUAACAGAGAGGAAAUCAAACCUAGUCGUGUGCCAGUUUUGAAUGUUCCUUUGUGUGCCGCUCAAUGUGAGAGGAUCUUCAACACCACACGCAUUCCAGGAGAAGAGACGGAUUCCCUGAUCCACUGGCAGGACAGCGAGUAUGUGGCGGUGUUCCACCGAGGCCGUUAUUUCCGCCUGUGGCUGUACCACGCCGGCCGCAUGCUGUCUCCCAGAGAGAUCGAGCAACAGAUUCAGCGUAUAAUGGACGACCCGUCACCCCCAGUGCCCGGAGAGGCCAAACUCGCGGCCCUGACAGCAGGAGACAGAAUCCCUUGGGCUCAGGCCAGAAAAGAGUUCUUCAGCUCAGGAGUGAAUAAGAGAUCUCUGGACUGCAUUGAGAAAGCUGCGUUCUUCGUUGCCCUGGAUGACGAUGAGCAAGGCAUGAGGGGAGAUGAUCCUGCUGGCAAUUUGGAUCGCUAUGCCAAGUCCCUUCUGCACGGCAAAUGCUACGACAGGUGGUUUGAUAAGUCGUUCACUGUGGUGGUGUAUAAGAAUGGGAAGAACGGCCUCAAUGCUGAACACUCCUGGGCAGACGCACCUAUAAUGGCUCACGUGUGGGAGUAUGUGAUGACUACCGAUAGUUUCCAGCUGGGUUAUACUGAAGAAGGCCACUGUAAAGGAGACGUGGCCUCCUCCCUGCCUCCACCUACUAGACUAACCUGGGACAUACCUGCAGAGUGUCAGGAGCGUAUCGAACGCUCUCUCGCUGUGGCACAGGCUCUAGCCGAUGACGUCGACUUUCAUGUGUUGCCAAUACAAGAGUUUGGCAAGGGCGCCAUCAAAAAGUGUAAAAUCAGCCCGGAUGCCUUCAUUCAGAUUGGGCUACAGUUGGCUUAUUAUAGGAAUCGAGGCACGUUCUCUCUGACCUACGAAGCAUCUAUGACCCGUUUAUUCCGCGAGGGCCGGACCGAGACGGUGCGUUCCUGCACCAGCGAGAGCUGCGCCUUCAUCAGAGCUCUGGAGGGAGGAGAGAGUAAGGAAGUGUGUCGGCGUCUCUUUCGCACGGCGGCUGAGAAACACCAGCAUCUGUACAAGAUGGCAAUGACAGGAGGAGGAAUAGACAGACACCUCUUCUGCCUCUACCUUGUGUCCAAAUACCUGGGAGAGGAGUCACCUUUCCUUAAAGAGGUGCUUUCAGAAACGUGGAAUCUGUCCACCAGUCAGACUCCUCUUCAGCAGGUGGAGCUGUUUGAUUUCGUUAACCACCCAGAGUACACCACCUGCGGUGGAGGAUUUGGCCCGGUUGCAGAUGAUGGUUACGGCGUGUCUUACAUCAUCAUCGGAGAAAACAUGAUCAACCUGCACAUUUCCUGCAAACACUCUUGUCCUCAGACUGAUUCUCACAAGUUUGGAGCUGAUAUCAAGAAGGCUAUGGAGGAUCUUCUGGAGCUGUUGUCACCAGAGAAACCAGACCCGUCCAAAGCUGAGCAGAACCACUCAAAGAAAAGCAAAAAAGACCUGUAGAGGUAGAACAGAUCGCCCAUGACGGUCAGAAGACAUGAGGUUGCAUAGAACUAGGAAAUAGCGUGUUUGCGUGUGUGUUCGUUUGAAUGCAUGUUUGUCAUUACAUACAAACAUGCAUCCAUACAUUCCAUGCUUGUUGUACAAAUCGAUGCCAUGAAGCCAUGAACAACAUGAUGUAAAAAUGGUGGAAGCUGCUUCGUCUAAAAAAGUAUUAGUUUAAUAAAAUGUAUAAAAGAGCAUUAAAAGCAAGAGAUAGUUUGAUAGCGGAAAGCCUUUCGUGUUUUCCAGAAGGACCAGUCCAUUUAGAUUCAAUUUGGUCCUCAUUUUUAAAUAUAAUGAAGAAUCGAAAUGAUUAGCGUGCAUCCCCGCCAGGGUGAUGGGAGUCUAAUGGUUAAUGAUCUGACCAGUUAGUGUAAUGGUUGUAGGUUCAUUAAAAGUAAGCUUGACCGAGGAUCUCAGUUAUGCAUCACCUCUGUACCUUCUGAUGAAGGCACUUCACUGCUCUUACAGUACCAUAAAUCACAUCCAAAUAGAAACUCCCCAUCUGAACUGGAUAUUUUGAGGUGUAAGAAUAACUUGACUUGUGUCAUUUUACUUGAAUCCCAGAGCAGAAGUAUAUUUAAGAUUUCAGUGACUAAUGACUCAGAAUAUUACAUGUGACUGCAGUUUUAAUGUGAUUGUCCAGAUAUAUUGAUGUGUUGAUCUCACUAUUAAGUCUAUUAAUUUUAACAGGUUUUUUUAUGUACUUUCUUUUUUACACAAGGUCAAGUUGAGAUAAAAUAACUAUUCACAAUUUAUUUAACAAGGUUGAAUAUGUCUAAUAAGUCAAAAGAAUUCACGCCACAACACAUUUCUGUUAAUAUCUCAGGUGUUUCGAAUGCACGAUUUAACUUCAAAAAUAAAUCAAGGCCAGUUAAUUGCACAUAGUUCCUGUUUACUUGUACCCAAAGAGACGUCUCCUUAACAAAGCUAAGUGUACAGUACAAAAUCUGAUAUGAUUUUAAUUCUAAAUGGCGUACUUCGAAUUAAAUAAUAUGGUUAACCUUCAAUUGAACUGAUUAAAUUCCAUUAGGAUGCUUUCAAAGCUAAAUGUGGUCAUGAUUAUUAUGUAUUUAAUAAUAAUACUAAACCAUUUAUACCAAUCUUCUAUUUUCAAAAAAGUAGAAAACUUAAGAAUGUGAUUUAAAGGAAAACUUCAGUCGAAAAUAAAGAUUUUCUGAGAAUUUACAGGCCAUCCGAGAUGUAGAUGAGUUUGUUUCUUCAUCGGAUUCUGAGAAAUUUAGCAUUGCAUUAU